AUGGUAGUUUGGCUGGUCAAGAUGAAGCUAACAGGCGAAAACGCGCGUGCUGCGACGAGCCAGCAACGACGAAACGACUGGGACAGUGCGACACUGCGACAGCGGCCAACGGACACGGACCGCGCGCGCACACACACCCUAAACGAUUCGUCGCAAAAAAUAGCUACCAACGUGGAGGAAAGCAAUGCACUAUUGGUCAGGGUGGAGCGAAAAAGCUCUAGCCAUUACGACCAACCUGAAUCUGGGUUAUAUGGCCACAACAGUAACAAUUUUGAGGAUCUUGAAAACGGUAACGUUACAGCAGUCCCUUUCAUGGAUGAGACAACUUCAAUAUCCCAAAAUUCUAUAUUAAUACCAUUGACUGGAACAACUCCGCCUAAAAAUCAAGAUGAACCAUUUGAUGCAAAUGCAUAUAAAACACUUAAAAGAGGUAUAUCGCAUGCCACUGAUAAUGUGAACAUAGUUUCCCAAGCAAGAUCGGAAUUAAUAUUUAUUGAUAGUACUGAAGAUGAAUUACAAAUUGUGGAAACUCCUGUGUAUACCUUUAUUUUACCAGAUUUAUCACAACUUGAAGAAAACUUUCGUAUGUUUAUUGAAAAAGACUUGAUAGCUGUGGCAAUGCAAAGUUCUCUUGAACAAGCUUCAAGAUUAAAUUGGUGGACUGGAUUUUGUCAAAGGCUUUGGCCUCUUUCUACAUCUGGCGAUGGCAAUUGUCUUUUACAUGCUGCUUCAUUGGGUAUUUGGGGAUUCCAUGAUCGUUUAUUAAAUUUGAGACGUGCUUUACAUUCAUUUCUCAGUAAUGGUCCUGCUCGUCAUUCGCUUUGGCGGCGUUGGCAACGUCAACAAACUAUUAUGAAUUCUUUAUUUGGUUUAGUUUAUACAGAACAAGAAUGGCGUAGGGAAUGGAAUGCAAUUGUAAACAUGGCUUCCACUGUCCCUCGUAUGAGGAAACAAAGUAUAUCUAGUGGAAAUGGGGAUACUGAAGGAUACAUUUAUGAGAGCCUAGAGGAAAUUCAUGUUUAUGCUUUAGCGCAUGUUUUAAAAAGACCAAUUAUUGUCAUAGCAGAUACUAUACUUAAAGAUAUGAAUGGUGAAGCAUUAGCUCCUAUACAAUUUGGAGGUAUUUAUUUACCAUUGGAAUGUUAUCCAUGUGAUUGUCAUCACUCCCCCUUAUUAUUGGCAUAUGAUGGAGGUCAUUUUUCAGCCUUAGUAGCAAUGGAAACACCAAAUUCUACACUUUCAUGUGCUAUACCUUUAGUGGAUUCAAAUGGUGAACUUUUACCAAUACAGUUUCCUGUUGAUCCUGGAGAAAAUGAUCAAUCUCCAGAUAAAAAUCAAGAACUGUCAGUAACAGAUUCAUUAUCAUUAUUAAAUAGUUACUUGGACAUAGUGAAACUUGAUCCACAAGGUAAUAAUGAUGGAACCGGUAAAAAUGGUCUUUUUGGGAGUCUUGGCCGUUCUGUGGGUAAUAAAUUUAAGUCUAAAUUAUCCAGGACAAAUUCUGUAAAAAAUCUCUCGGCGAUAUCGCCCCCAACACCAAAGUAUACGUUAUGUGCCCUUAUUAACUCUGACAAAAAACAUGAAUACCAUGAUGUAAUGAUUAAAAACUACUUAAGGACAGCCGCUGAACGAUUUCAACUUUCACCUUAUGCGGACACAACACCUCGUUAUAAUGCUGGUAAAUCUCGAUUUUACACAGAAGCAGAUUCUGAGUCUCAUGUUAAAGUUGGUUUAAUGACUCCCAUCAAGGCAGUUACAAAUGAUGAUACAACAAUGUACCUAUCAAAAUCCACAUUUUAUGAUACUGGUCCAUUGGUGGAUAAGUGUCGUACUGACGAUUGUGAGUUCUUUGGUUCUUCUGCGACCAAACAACUGUGUUCAAAAUGUUACCAAUUGUAUCAGGAAGAAAAAAGUGAAUCCGGUUGAAGUAAAAAUAAUAUUAUUUAAAUUUAAAUAUUUUAAUACAUUGAAGAUUUCAUUUCAUCACAAUCCACUUACACACAUAACACAUUCACAAAUAGAACUUUUAUUAGUAUGAAGUUUACGAUAAAUGCAUACAUAAAAGCUAUUAUGGUAUAACACCAUUUAUUUAUACUUAACAUCACUUAAUAUUUGAAAAAUGUUAACCUUUUUUCACAUGUUCUUACUACAAAAUGCAUUUGUAUGGUUUUUAUUGUUUAAUUUUUUUUAUAUUUUGUAACCUAGUUAUUAUUUUCUUCAUUUAUUAAAACUUAUUUUUUUAGUUAUAACUGUGAUUAAGAAUUGUUUUCUUAUCUAUAUUUUGCUAGUCUCAAAAACAAUAAGUUAUAAUUAUAAUUUAAAUGAUUCUGCAAAAUA